AUGUUGAGGUUGUUCCAUGCGAAUGCGACAUUGAAAACUUGCAUGCUCCUACGACACCCACCUAAGCCUCAAACGUUGUUGUUCCCUCUCUUUUCACACUCUUAUCCUCCAACUCCUACUUAUUCUUCACUUCUCUCCCAACCCUCUCUUCAAUUCCAUCCCUUUUCCGCGCACCCUUUUCUAUCUACUUUACUUCUUGCUUUGAAAUCUUCAUCCUCUGUCACCUUCUGCAGAAUCAUUCAUGCCCAUGUGAUCAAGUCACUUGAUUACCGCGAUGGGUUCAUAGGCGAUCAAUUGGUAACCAGUUACCUUAAAAUGGGUUCCACCCAGGAUGCACAUUUGCUGUUUGAUGAAAUGCCUGACAAGGAUUUUGUCUCAUGGAAUUCUUUGGUUUCUUGGUUUUCGAAAAGCGGACAGCUUGGUUACUGCUUGAGUGUGUUUUGUAAGAUGAAAUCUGUUUCGGGAUUGGAAUUGAAUGAUCUUACUUUUAUAUCGGUUAUCUCGGCUUGUGUAUAUGAGAAAGCGCGUCACGAAGGGUACUAUGUUCAUUGUUGUGCGGUGAAAUUGGGUAUGGUGUUUCAGGUGAAGGUUGUUAAUGCCCUUAUUAAUAUGUAUGGGAAGUUUGGUUUUGUUGAAUCUUGUUUCAGCUUGUUUUGGGAAAUGCCGGAGAGUGAAAAGAGUAUGGUGUCUUGGAAUUCAAUUGUUGCUGUUUGUGCCCAAAAUGGAUUGCGUAAUGAGGCUUUUCUUUGUUUUGAUUUGAUGACGGUAGAUGGAUUUUUUCCUGAUGAAGCGACAAUGGUGAGUUUGCUUCAAGCAUGUGAAAAUUUACCCUUGGGAAGAUUGGUGGAAGCUUUACAUGGUUUAAUCUUUAACUGCGGUCUUGAUGAAAAUAUAACAAUUAUGACUACCCUUUUGAACUUAUAUUCGAAGUUAGGAAGAUUGAGUGAUUCUCUUGAGGUAUUUGGAGAGAUACAAAAGCCUGAUAAAGUGACAUGGACUGCAAUGCUUGCAGGCUAUGCGAUGCAUGGACGUGGGAAAGAAGCGAUUGAUUUCUUCGAAAGAAUUGUAAGGGAAGAAAGCAUGGAGCCUGAUCAUGUAACUUUUACUCAUUUGUUAAGUGCAUGUAGCCAUUCAGGGCUUGUAAAAGAAGGAAAAUACUACUUCCAAGUUAUGUCUGAUGUGUACAAAGUUCAACCACGAAUGGAUCAUUAUUCGUGUAUGGUUGAUCUUCUCGGUCGUUGCGGUCUACUCAAUGAUGCUCAUGAGCUAAUUAAGAAUAUGCCAUUUGAGCCAAACUCUGGAGUUUGGGGUGCCCUUCUUGGUGCUUGUAGGGUUCAUCGAAACAUUGGUCUAGGGAAGGAAUCUGCCGAAAAUUUGAUCGCAUUAGAUCCUUCAGACCCUAGAAACUAUAUUAUGCUGUCGAAUAUGUAUUCUGCUGCAGGUUUGUGGAGUGAUGCAUCAAAAGUGAGGACUUUAAUGAAGACUAAUGUUAUUACUAGAAAUCCCGGAUGCAGUUUUAUUGAACAUGGGAAUAAAAUCCACCGUUUCGUUGUCGACGAUUACACUCACCCCGAUUCACAUAGAAUUCACAAAAAGUUGGAAGAGGUUAUGAGAAAAAUUCAAGAGGUUGGCUUUGUGCCUGAAACAGAAUCGAUUCCCCAUGAUGUUGAUGAGGAGGUGAAAAUUGAUAUGAUCGCCAAGCAUAGUGAGAAGAUUGCUCUUGCAUUUGGACUUUUGGUUAGUAGUGCAGAUAUGCCGCUAGUUAUAAUGAAAAAUCUUAGAAUAUGCCGUGAUUGUCACAAUACUGCAAAAUUUGUGUCGGUGGUAGAGAAGCGGACUAUCAUUAUCCGAGAUACAAAGCGAUUUCACGAGUUCUCAGAAGGGCGAUGUUCAUGUGGUGAUUAUUGGUAGUGUUUAUCAUUGGAGAAAGAGUUUAGAGAAAACUGAAUAUGUUAUUCUUAAACAAGAGUGCUCAAAUUACAACAGGUGAAGUCUUUUUAUAAACUCGGAUACUUAGACAUCGGUUAAAGUAAUCCUAACUGCCUAAGGAUGAUCAACCAUUUUGAUAGUCUCGGAGCUGAGCAAAUGUUGUAGGAGGUGAAACUUUUGUUAGAACACAAGCUUCUUGAUCUUGAGCAGGUAUUUUGCGUACAUUAAGAAGUAAAGAGAGAACCAUUUUUCCUAACAAAGAAAAGAUCAAACUUCAUACAUUUGGUUCUGUGGAGCAAAAAACAUGAAGUUCAUGAAGGAGAACUUACACACCAAAUUGAUUUAGCUACAGUCGGAGUCAAGCUGCGAGAUUCAAUCUCAUUGCUAGGACGAACUACAAGGAAUUGUUUCUUAGAGCAUUAAUAUAUAAUGUUUGGGCCAAGGAAAAUGCAAGAAUCAUAGGUAAAUCUCCCGUCUUGUCAACUGUUUGACCAAUAUGCAUUACAAAAGGCAUAAGCAUGUAAUGUUAAGGAGGGUGCAAAAAAUGCAGCAUGGGUAUAUAUAUAGUACCUGUAUGUGUUUGUUAAGACAGAGUAACUUUAGAGAACAAUGUUAUCUUAAAAGGUAAUUAAAAUGAUUUGGGUUAAAUUACACAUUAUGUCUAGAGUUUUUAAAAUUCCAGGAAUUUUGUGAAGCAGUUUUUAUAAAGUAAUUUUUCUUUACUAAUAUUAGGAAUUUAAAAUACCAUCCAUCUAACAAGAGUUAAUUUGAAAUACCAUCCAUCUAACAAGAGUUAAUCUAACAUCGUUACUAAACAAGUCUUUUAUUAUCAUAUGAUUAUAUGAACUUAGAAACUGUAAGCUCAAAAUAUGGCAAUGCCAAACAGAGCCUAAAUGGAUUACCGGAAAUUAACAAGUUAUUACAGUUGACCUAUGGCGGUUCUUUUCCAAUAUCCCAAACGUUUGUUUCACAACAGGGAUUACGACGGUUCACAUAGAAGAGACGCAACUUUUGUCUAGGUUUUUACCGUUGAUAUUUGUUUUUCUCUUUGUGCAAAGGCAAAGGUAAUUUUAUGCUUCUUUCUGGUUCAAUUUAAAUAGACUGAAAAACGGGUGCAGAGAAGAGAGGGAUUUAGGGUAUUUUUAGGUCGAAAACCCCAAAUUGACCUGCUGAUUGUUCUUCUGCCUGAACAUCUAAUUGUCUUUUUAGUUUUUUUUUUCAUUAUGUUCAUCCUAAUGUUAAAUUAUUUUUGCUCUUGAACAAAGUUUUCAAUUUUUUGGCAAUGAAGGAAGUUUUCAUGGUGUGGCUCAUGUCGUUUCAUUGCCCCUAUUUUAGCAGAGGUUGCUAAAAAAGCUUACACAGGUCACCUUCCUUAAGGUUGAUAUGGAUGAAUUGAAUUACAUGCAAGAGAUAAGAUAUUGCUAUGAUGGCCUUUUUGCUGCAGCAGCUGCUACUGAAAAUAGUGCUUAUGGUAAUAUUCAAUCUUUGACUUUCUGUUGAUCACUCAUCUUGUUUCCUUUUUUCCUCACAUAUGACCUUGUUAAUAUUUAGGAACUAGAUCUUCAUUUUCUCUAUUUUUUUUCUCAUGUAUGUUUCAAAUUUGUAAGUCUCAGAUUGGAGAUUUGGUUGUUUUCAUGUUCAGUGGGCGCUCCAAACAGAUGUCUAUAUGGUAAUAAUAAUUAUAAAAUAUAUUAAAAAAUUUAAAAGUAAUAAAACAAAUUUAGAUAACUUUUUUAAAACUUCAUUGACAAUAUAUAUUAUAUAUAUGGUAUGCCCCUUUUUAAAAAGUGAGCCAUACAUGAAACAUAGUCUAGUAACUGUGGCAAACCUUUAGGAAGAGUUUGGAUGCAAUAUGUGCAACUCCUCUGGAAUGGAAACAAAUCCACCAUUUUCUGAGUGGAAACUGUUGCUAUGGCUGAAUCUUCUGCUUGGAAGAUCUCGAUCCUCUAUGUCAACGGCUUCUGAAACACUCUCACAAGCUGUGUAUAUUAAAGAAGAGGAUAGGAAAGGUCUGUGAUUCUUUUUAACUCGAGAGGUGCAAGAGAAUAGAGAAGGUGAAAUUGAAAUGGUUUGUCAAAUUUGUAGCAUAAAAAUGAGUUUUUGAAUUGAAUGUGAGCAUAGAAAAUUUGUAUUAACUAUGUACUCUGUUUCGAAACAGAGAAGAAAACAUAAUGAUAAUGUUAUUUUUUUUAUCUUACUAAGUAGGAAGUAAUGGUAUUACUCCUGACAUUUAUUUAUAGUGCAAGAAUCUGAUUAUUUUUGGGCUAAUACCAUUUGGAGAUGAUUGGUGCAGAUUUGAAAAAAAUGUGGAAAAUGCAGGAUUCAUUUUUGCAGAUAUUACAACUUUGGUGUAGAUAUUUAACAGUAUUUACAAUGGUGCAGCUGGAAAUCUUCACAAAGCUCUUUCUGUUAAGGGAAUAAACACCUUCAUUGAUGAUAAGAAGCUUCGAAGUGGUGACGAAAUUACACCAUCACUUGUGAAGGCCAUUGAAGACUCAAGGAUUUUCAUCCCAGUGUU